CCAGUUUUGGUUAUCUCUAUUCGAUCUGCUUUAUUCCGCUCGGGGUUGGUUCUCGAUCAUUUCCCGGCGAAAUACAACUCCCGUUGCCACAUCCUCAAUUGCUUCCCGUACAUGUACAUUCUUAUAAAAGGACUUCCUACCCAGCCUCCUCUGUCCUCUUUUUUUUUCCCCCUCUCCCUCCUUCUCCAUUCCGCUCCCUCUCUCAUUCUUCCUUCGCAAUGGACAUGGAAACAGUUUCGCAGAUCCUCAUGGGCAGUCACCCCACCUGGGCAUUCCUGAACAGCACCAACACAGGAUCCCGUCUGCUGCUGCAGCACCAGGAACAGCCCCUGAUCACGGCUCUUAUCGUCCUUGUGCCCCUGGUCUCUGUCUGGCUCUUCCGCCGGUACACAAUUUCGCCCGUUGUGAUCACCCAUAACGACAAACCGGUCUCGAUCCAGGUCUACGACAAAGGCACUGGCAAAUCCUCGUCUGAAAGUUUGAUUGAUUACAUUGCAAGAACAUGCCCCUCGCUCAUGGAUCCCAAGAAGGCAGUCUUCAAGCCGACGCUGUGGAUGACCAGUGGACAUAUCCAGACGGCCUAUGCUGCCUAUAUGGACUUUGCGAGCAGAUAUGUUAUUGAUUACCAAAGGGAGCUGAUGAAGACCCCUGACGGCGGAACGGUUUCCAUUGACUGGUUCCCGAGUUUCGAAAACAAACCCGUGGACGAUACCCCGACCCUGGUCCUCCUCCAUGGUCUGACAGGAGGUUCCUUCGAAUCCUACAUCCGUGCGUUGGUCGAGACUAUGACCAAGGACCAUGGCUACCGCUGCGUUGUCUUUAAUGCCCGUGCUUGUGCCAACACUGAAUUGACUUCGGCCCAGCUGUACUGUGGAUCGUGGACGGAUGAUCUGAGGAUGGUGGUCAAGCAUAUCCGAAAGACCCUGCCCGAGGCCAAGUUGAUGAGCGUCGGAUUCAGCUUGGGAUCGAAUAUCCUGAUGAACUAUAUGGGCGAGGAGGGUGAUCAGUGCGAGUUCCUCGGAGCCAUGUCUGUGGGAAACCCUUAUGACCUUAUGGGAACUUGCUAUGCGAUGGAGCGCGGAUUUCUUCAAAAGCUGAUCUACUCUCCCACGAUGGGCGGUAAUCUGAAGCGCAUCUUCUUCAAGCACGCCAAGCUCUUUGAGAACCAUCCCGAAAUCGAUCUCAAGCAAGUCGAAGCCGCCCAUUCGAUCCGCAUGUUCGACGAUGCCGUUACCCGCCGCAUUUUCAAGUACAGGACCGUGCACGAGUACUACCGCAUGGCUUCAUGCUCCCAGCGUAUCCUCGACAUCAAGCGACCUUUCCUUUGCCUCACUGCGUUGGACGAUCCUGUGGCCGUCGAGGAGUGCUGUCCCUAUGACGAAAUCAAAGGAAACCCCUAUGGUAUCUUGGCAACGACCUCGCACGGUGGACAUCUGGGUUGGUUCCAGGGAUUCCUCACUCAGGAGCGUUGGUGCACACGACCCUUGGCAGAGUUCUGUAUUGCGAUGUUUGAGGCGGAUCGCAGACCGGUCUCGCAGACACCGACGAAGCCCGCGGUUGGAACACAAGAACAGGAGGACACCAACAGUAGCCAUAUGGUCCGUGAUAUGAACGGAACCGACAGGGGUGCCACGACCAAGCCCCAUAGGGACCUCAACAAUGCCUGAACAAAGGAGAUGAGCAUACCUGGCGUCUUUUAAGACGAGCGACAUGUUGAUGGAUAUGUCGAUUUAGAAUUUUUUUUUUUAGAUAAGACGAUGAAUAGAUGGGAGUCGACCGUUGCAUGGAACAAUAAAAUGCAUGGAACAAAUAAAAUUAUUUCUUUAUUAGU